AGUUUAUUAUUGUUGAAAAUGUUGAAAAAAAAAGAAUAAAUUAUCGAAAAUUUUUUACAUCGGUAAAUAUUUUCCACUCACCUAAAAUAUUAAAUUCCUCGUCGUUGGAAAUUUCUCAUCACCGGUCCAUCUAUCUCAAAUUCGUUACUAGAAACUCUCCAUCGAUCUGCAAAAACAAUGGAAGACAAAGAAGCCGCCGCCGCUACCGAAGUACAGUCCGAAUAUAAUCCAGAUAUAAAUCAAGACGAGUUGAUUAUGCAAAGGCAUCGUGAAAUCGAGAAAGAAAUAUGGGAAUCGACUAGUUUGGUCGGCGAAAAAGAAGAUCUCAGUUCUUUAGAAGCGGAAUACUUGACCGAUGAGGUGUAUCAAGCUAAAGUCAAAGAUUUACUUCGUAAAUAUCAGUAUAUCCGAAGAACCAGACCGGAUGGUAAUUGUUUCUAUCGUGCGUUCGCUUACGCUUAUUUCGAAAGAUUAUUAAAUCAUCAGAAAGAAUACGAAAGUUUCAAAGAGAUAAUUGUUCAGAGUAAAUUAUCGUUAAUGUCAUCGGGAUUUUCUACAGUAACGCUGGAUGAUUUUCACGACACUUUUAUGGAAGUGGUGAACGUAUUGAGUAAAGGUGCCAGCGCCCAAGAACAGUUAUUCAAACUAUUCAACGAGCAAGGUUAUUCCGAUUACGUCGUAGUAUAUUUAAGAUUGAUAACUUCGUUUCAAUUACAACGAGAUGCUGAUUUUUAUCAAAAUUUCAUCGAAGGUGAUCGCACCAUCGCCGAAUUCUGUCGCCAGGAAGUAGAACCAAUGUAUAAAGAAAGUGAUCACAUACACAUUAUCGCCUUGAGUUCAGCCCUCGACGUCGGUAUCCGUGUUCGGUACAUGGACCGAGGUCAAUCGACCGAAGCCAUCGCUCACGAUUUUCCCGAAGGAUCUCAUGCUCGCGUACAUCUGCUGUACAGACCUGGUCAUUACGAUAUACUAUAUCCGGUCGAAAGCGAUUAAUUUACCAUCUAGUUUCGUUUCCCAAACUGGAGAGAAAAGUUUCGCCUUAGAAUAUUCGAUUAUUUAUACGUUUCGAUCGUCUCGAUAUCAUUUUAUAUUACUAGAGUACGUACUCCUCCUGUUAACUUCAAGGUUGUUUGUGUGAUAACUAAAAAUGCAAGAUAAGCUUUACGUACGAGUAAUUGUCCGGUGAAUGUUUUCAAUUACAUGUACUAGAAUAAUCGUAAGUGUGUGAGCAAUCUGUUUUCGUAGUUAAUGUUUUAACGAGUUAUAUAUUUUUUGUAAUAGAAAUUUCUAUUCAUAGUGCAAUAUUAAAUAUCGAGAAGACCGUUUCCUCCCAACAACAAUGGGAACUUGGGAGCUAAAAAUUGUUAAAGCAGCGUAAAAACUCUAGUCUGGUUUACGAUGAGUUUCAUCCUGCAGUAUUAAUGCAUAUUAUUAUGUUCGACUCGUGUUUAUUAAUCGGUUUCGAGGAGUCAAAUUUUUCAAUAAUUUUAUCACGUGUUAAAUGUAUGGAUAGUUCGUUUCUAAUUUACUAUUACUAUUACCCUUAUUAUUUUUUAUAUUAUGUAUAUUAAUUCAUUUAUCAUCUGCGAUGAACCGUGAAUAAUUAAUAAAUUUUAUUUAGGUAACCAUA